CAAAGAUUACGGGUUAAGAAGUUCAAGAACUGGGCGAACACAUCAGCUAACAGUCAAACCAUACCAAAUUUUGUUUCUAGUUUUCUGAAUGGCAGCAAAGCUCCGACAGUCCGGGUAGAAUCGUAUCUUCCGGGGAGAAGAAUUUAUGGCUCGCACUUGGUCUCCGUCGUUGUUCUUGAAUUCACUGGGCUUUGCAAUCUCCGUUAUUUCUGCCUUUUGUUUGCUUUCUUUCGCGUAUUCUCUUCCCUUCAUCGUACUUCAUGGAAUUGGGGAUCAGUGCUCAAACAAAGGUGUGAAACAGUUUACAGAGGAGCUAACUGAAUGGUCCAGAUCCGAUGGAUACUGCGUAGAAGUAGGAGACGGAUUCUGGGAUUCAUGGUUUACAACUCUAGAAAGCCAGGCUGAAGUUGUGUGUAAAAAGGUGAAGGAAAUGAAAGAACUACAACAAGGUUACAACAUUGUUGGCCUCUCCCAGGGAAACCUAAUAGGCCGAGGUGUUGUGGAAUUCUGUGAUGGAGGUCCACCUGUUAAGAAUUUUAUUUCCUUGGGAGGACCUCAUGCCGGUACUGCUUCAGUUCCUCUCUGUGGGUCUGGCAUCUUUUGCAUGAUGGCGGAUGCACUGAUAAAAUCUGAAGUAUACUCUGAUUAUGUUCAGAGUCACUUGGCUCCCAGUGGAUACCUGAAGCUUCCAAAUAAUAUUCCUGGCUACUUGGAAAAGUGUCGAUUUCUUCCCAAGCUUAACAAUGAACUCCCUGAUCAGAAAAAUUACACUUACAAGGAACGGUUCAGCAGUCUGCAGAAUCUUGUUCUCAUCAUGUUUGAGCAUGACACUGUCCUGAUACCAAAAGAAACGUCAUGGUUUGGAUAUUAUCCAGAUGGUGCUUUUGAACCAGUGUUGCCCCCACAGCAGACACGCCUGUAUAUCGAGGACUGGAUUGGUUUGAAAGCAUUGGAUGAUGCUGGGAGGGUGAAGUUUGUGAAUGUGUCAGGAAACCACCUCGGGAUUUCAAAAAGUGAUAUGAAGAAGUAUGUUGUUCCUUACUUGGAGGACGAAUCAUCAAAAAAUGGUGUUGCUUCAUCACAUUAUUCACUUGAAAGGAAGAGGGAUCAAUGAGCCAUUGAUUAUCUUGCUUAAUGAAUUGUUUAAAUCAAAUCUAUACCAUGAUAGUCCUAGUUUGUUUCCACUUCAAAAUAUUUGUAAUGACAAAAACCCAAAUUUGGUAGAAAAUUUCACAUACUCACAUUGCAUGAUAGCAUUUCCUAUUAUUCUUAUACUAUUCCAC